AUGAUUGAGACUCGCUAUCACCAAUGUAGUGCAAAACGGCAAGCCGAAACUUAUGGUGAAUAUCAGGGAAAGCCAAGCAGAAUUGGUAAAGAAUGUUUCUCGCUGUGGGAUCUUCCGCGUUGUAUAGAUUUGACUGAUAAGGCAAUUGAAAACGAGAAAAACCUUUUUAAAAGGCAUUCUAUUACUUUCGAAGAACACCGUGAUUAUGAUCAAUACUUGACUAAGAUCAAGUACAAUGUUCAAUACUUCACAAUUCAUUUCCAUAAGUUAGAGUUCAAAGGAACAUUAUUUGCUCGUUGUCUCAGUGUGAUUGAUCCUAAUCAACUUCCGUUCCGUUUAUAA